AUGUAUGCUCGUAAUAGAAGUUUUUUCACAGCAAUAAAAACAAAAAAAGCAUUACAAAUACCAAUACCACCGCCACCUCAUCGACCUAAUUCACCACCAAAAUCAUCAUUAUUAUUACGAAAUUUAGUCAUAGGAACAAGUGGACUUGUUGGUUUAACAUUGUUUUUAAAGUAUUAUUAUUCUGAUUCUAGGGCAGUAAUACACAAAUAUUUGUCGACAACAGCGUUGAGACUUUUCACAACACCUGAAACAAGUCAUAAAUUUGCAAUAUGGGCGGCUAAACAUGAAUUGACGCCUAAAGAUAGAUUGGCGGAUGAUGAGUGUCUUGGUAUUGAAGUCUGGGGUAAAAAAAUAUCAAAUCCAAUUGGAUUGGCAGCAGGGUUUGAUAAAAAUGGAGAAGCGAUUGAUGGAUUGUUUGAUCUUGGAUUUGGUUAUGUGGAAAUUGGUAGUGUAACUCCCGAACCCCAACCAGGAAAUCCAAAACCAAGAGUAUUUCGAUUAUCAAAAGAUAAAUCAAUAAUCAAUCGAUACGGAUUCAAUUCUGAUGGACAUUAUAUAGUUGAGUCAAGACUACGUGAUCGAAUAAGAAGAAAAAGUAAUGGAAAAAGAGGAAUUAAUUUAGGAAAGAAUAAAUGGAGUGAUGUUGAGUCAGUUGAUGAUUAUGUGAAGGGAAUAAAAAGAUUUGGAGAAUAUGCAGAUAUUUUGGUUGUUAAUGUUAGUAGUCCUAAUACACCUGGAUUAAGAGGAUUACAAAAGAAAGGUUUAAUUGACAAUUUAUUGAAAGAGGUGAUGAAAGCUCAAGAAGAAUUAGAAGAUAUAGCAGAUGCGGCAAUGAAUAAUGGCGUUGAUGGUAUUAUUAUAUCCAAUACAACUACAUCAAGACCAGCGUCAUUAAAAAGUGAUAAAAAGUUAAUUUCAGAAAUGGGGGGAUUAUCAGGACCACCUGUUAAACAAUUAUCACUGAGAGCAUUAAAAAAAAUAUAUCAAUACACCAAUGGGAAAAUAGUAUUGAUUGGUUGUGGUGGUAUAAGUAAUGCACAGGAUGCAUUGGAGUAUGCAAGAGCAGGAGCAACAAUGGUUCAAUUGUAUACAAGUUUAACAUAUGAUGGAGCUGAUAUUGUUGGUGAAUAUUGGAGGGAAGAGUCAUGA